CUCCUGACACAACAGGAAACAGCAAGACAGUUUGCUGUUAUUCUGCGUCACAGAGAAGAGACACGUACCUGUUUUAACUUUUAACUUCCAGAUUUUCCUUGGAAGCAGGAAGACAACAGCAGCACUGGGAACACUGGGAAUGCUUCUGGUAAUGUACUCUGUCUGCUGCUGUUAGUUCAUACCAGGAGACAGGAAUAACUACAAAAGUGAAAGUAACUCUGCACUGACGCCAUGGCUUCUAGAUCAGUGGAAAAUCUUACCUGUCCUGUCUGCCAGAACAUUUCUAAAGAUCCGUUUAGACUGUCGUGUAACCACAGCUUCUGCAAAGACUGUUUGCGCAGCUACUGGGCAGAGAAAAACGAUCGAGUCUGUCCAGUCUGUAAGAGGAAAUCUUCGAAAGAACUUGCUGUUCACUUUUCGUCCGAGAAGAGCCAGCAGAGCAAAGAUCCAAUCUGCAAUCUGCACUCUGAGAAAUUUAGCUUCUUUUGUGAGGACGACCAGCAGCUUUUAUGCAGCGUCUGCAGAGAUGCAGGAACACACCAGGACCACACGGUCAAAGCGACUGCCGAGGCCGCUCAGGAACACAAGAAAACACUCAAGACUUCCCUGAAACCGCUGCAAACCAAACUGAGGCUGGUCCAUCGGGUGAAGGGAAGCUGCCACCAAACAGCUGAGCACAUCAAAGUUCAGGCUGAAGAAACUGUGAGGAGGAUCAGGGAGGAGUUCAGGAGGCUUCACCAGUUCCUGGAGGAGGAAGAGGAGGACAGGUUGGCUUCACUGAGGGAGGAGGAAGAGCAGAAGAGUCGGAGGAUGGAGCAGCAGAUCGAGGCUUUGAGUAAAGAGAUAUCGGCUCUUUCAGAAACCGUCAGAGCCACGGAGAAGCAACUGAGAGCUCCAGAUGUUUCCUUCCUGGACAGCUUCAAGGCUGCAGCCGAGAGAGUCCAGCAGCAACAUCUGCCCGACGAUCCUCAACUGUCGUGUGGAGCUCUGAUCGAUGUGGCCAAACAUCUGGGCAACCUGAGCUUCAAUGUGUGGACCCAGAUGAAGGAGAUGGUCUCCUACAGUCCAGUGAUUCUGGAUCCAAACACCGCUCACCCAGACCUCAUCUUGACUGAAGAUCUCACCGGUUUGAGGAAGGUGGGGGAGAAGCAGGAGCUUCCUGACAACCCAGAGAGGAUCGACCACUUCUUCUCCGUUGUCGGCUCUGAGAGCUUUGACUCAGGGUCUCACAGCUGGGAAGUGGAGGUUGGAGAUAACUCAGCCUUCGUUCUGGGCGUUUUGACGGACUCCAAUCAGCGGAAGGGGGUCAUCUGGCCCGCACUGUGGAGGCUGAUGUUCUGCGGAGGUGAAUAUAAAACACUGUCGCCGCUCGACACUGGAUCUGACGUGAAGGUGACGACAAACCCAGAGAAGAUCCGAGUUGAGCUGGACUGGGACGAAGGACGGCUGUCGUUUUUCAACUCGGACACCAACGAACACAUUCACACCUUCACAACCACUUUCAAAGACAAGCUGUUUCCAUACAUCAGCAGCUGGAGUCACGUCCCGAUAAAGAUCGCAGCGCUGAACGUUUCUGUAACAACAGAACCAUGUGGUUAGAGCAGCUACUGCAGAAAUCAGAAAGUAAAUCAGAAAACCUUUGUUGUCUGUGCUUGUGAGAAGUUUUCCCGUUCAUUGUGUAUCGAUUUUGAAUCGUGGUCACUUUAAUUUGUUUUUUUUAAGGGUUCUUCAAAGUCUCACAGUUAUCAGGGGAAAUCAUAUCUGUCUUAGUGGCCUCCAUGAUUCGUCACUUUUUUUGCACGGUUGCUAAGUUUUUAAGCCUGCUACAAGUAUUUGUUUGUGCCUUAAAAGAUGCUAAAACCACACCUUCAAGCUAAAAGUCACUAUAAGCCUUUAUACAGUUAUUUGCUCUAUUGCAGUAUAUGUAGUAUACAGUAUGUGUCUAAUCUCAGAUUUUGUUCAUGUAAACAUGUUUUUCUAAAGCUGUCAGAUGCUGUAAACAUCAAACAGGAAGUGUAAAUGAACUUAGCAUUAAUAUGGAAUUUCUCAAAGUUAAUUUAACUCUUAAGCUUCUACUUUUUGUUUAUCUUGCUUGUAUCUCUUAUGAAUAAAUACACAGCAUAUUGUAUAUAAAUUUACAUAAACAAGGGAACCCCUUAAGCCGCAUGGGCCCGUAUUCGGGCCCAAAAUGGCCUGCUGAAGUUUAACAGCAAAAGCAUUUUUCACUGCAAACGCGAUGAUAGAAACACUAUACAUCCAUGUGUAACCGGUGGGUUGGGUCUGCCCACCACUGGGGGUCGCUGUGUCCAUCUCCACACGUUGGCACCUCUCGGUGCCUUACCUGCAGCCUCACACCUGUAAUGUGUUUCCUAAUCAGGGAAAGGACAAACGCUCUGCUUAAGUAUGGGCAUGAGAUAGACACCAGAAUCAUCUCUUGUUGCACUGGACUAUUGCUUGCCAGAUCACAGAAGCUGAUCGUCUCCAGGGGUUGGUGUGUUGUCAGUGGGUGCUGUACAGCCAAGGUAAUUUUGUUUUUAUUAUUUGUAAAUACUCAGCACCCAGUGUGUAUAAAAAAAACAAAACAUGGAACUAACAUAUUUCUGUCUUUGCAGUUGCCGCUGCUGCUUUGUUUUUAUGUUAUACAGUCACUGGUGUUUUAAUUAUGUUUGGUGUGGUUUUAUUGGUGCUAGGUUUCACUCAAUGAGUUUAGUGGAGGUGUUCUCUUUUAUCUAACUUAGUUUACUGUAUAUUCCAGCUUUAUUGUGUGUGUAUAUAUAUUCUUAUGCAGAGGUAUCAGCGCUAAUAUUUGAUCGGUAGCUGUGUGGUUUUUAUUUCUUUGUUGCCAUUGGUUUUAGUGGGUUUACUUGUAGUUUUUUUUGCAUGGUUUGUUUUUAUAUGCUGCCCUUGUUUUAAAUACUGGCGACACCUCUGCAUAUUUUAUGUUUUAGAUCCAUUCACCUUCCCCUUCCUCCUAUUAUUGUGGAAUCAUGGAGGCCUAGUGACCUUGAGUUUAUUCCUUUUUCCUCCCGAACCACAUCAUUUGAAUAAAAUUGGCAAGAAGGAUGGCCCUUCCUGCUUUAUAGAAUUAUAAACCACGUCUCUGUUUUCUUUGUGGAACUUACCUGUGCAGGUUUAGUUUUAGUAAGUCUUUACAGUCUCUGGGCCUUUCCAGAGUGGCGUUGGCAUUUAUUCCUUAGCUGAGACCUUAUUGGGUUACACAUGGAAAGCUUAGAGUCUCAUGAAUCCGCCGGUGUUCAAGAUUAUCUGGUGAUCCGAUCAACUGGUGAUUUUCAGUUAGCGAGACAGAUGUUACACUGGCAAUACAUAGAAUGAUGUCUCUAUGUAAAACUUUACGUGGAAUGAUUUUUUUUUUUUUUUGGAAUGCAUACAUCCAUUUAGCUACAUGUUUGCAGUUGGCUUGAAUGUUUAAGGGAAAGAUAAUUUUUAAGCUUCGAUUUCUAUUUUCUUCACCUAUGGGUGACUGUUGAUGCCUGUUCAAAACACACAGAUGUCAAUAAACUGUUCCGAAAUGC